AUGUUGAUCCUUAUCGCUGGUAUUACUGGUAAUCUGGGCAAGCAUCUCGCCCGGGUUGCUCUUGAAAAGGGCCACCAGGUUCGAGGCUUGGGCCGAUCCCCAGACAAGCUAGAUACCAAGACAAAGGACCAACUUGAAAGCUUUGUCGUCUCUUCUUCCUACUAUGAUAUUCCUGCGCUGGAUCGUGCGAUGAUAGGCGCGGACGCCGUCAUUUGCGCAUACUCGGGUCGACCGGAGCUAGCACUCGACGGCAAUCUUCUUCUCCUACGAGCUGCUGAGCGCGCUGGUAUCAAAAUUUACCUAGCGUCAAGCUGGAAUGUGGACUGGCGACAUGUGAAAUUUGGAGAUCACGAGAGUUUCAACCCGUUCCUUUCCUUCCGCCAGCAGGUUGCGAUCACAUCCUCGGUGAAGCCAAUUUGGAUUUUCACUGGUGUUCUAGCUGAAGUUUUUUUCUCCGUUCCUGGACAUGGUGAUCUCUCGCCCAAAAACCAUGGUAUCUGGGACCCUGCCGCGAAGACAAUUGAUCUUUGGGGAAAACGCCGGGAAAAGUUCGAUUGGACGACUGAAGCAAAUGCAGCAGAGUUUAGCAUUGCUAUCAUUGAGUCCCCGGAAGCAUCUCAAGGUGGAUUCUAUUCGGUCCGGUCAGGCUGUCAUAGCCUUCGGGAAAUCAAGGCCGUAUAUGAACGAAUCCGAGAAUCAGAGGUCAAGGUGAUUGAAAAGGGCUCUGUGGAGGACCUUGAGAAGACUGCCUUGCAAGCCCGUGCUCGGGGUUCCCUUCUGGCUUUCUGGGAGUAUAUCGGCUAUUUCUAUCAGCUGGUUACCAUUAACGGCUCGGCUGUUCUACGUAACCUGGACAAUGACCGCUUUCCGGAUGUGAAGCCUACGAGCCUUGAAGAAUUUCUACGUCAGACACCUGAAGUUUGA